AUGACAAAUGAGAAAUUGUCCGCUAUUGAAGUGCCAGACAUAGAAAUUUGUGGCUAUGGAAGUGAUGUUGAAAUCAUUCGAUGCGUUUUCACGAUGAAAGAUCGGACGAGUGAGAUCCAUCCUGGUUGUGCCUCAUUUUUAUAUCGAAAACCUCUAGUGGGCAAAAGUUAUUGUUAUGUAUUCAUGGGAAAUCAUACACUUCACUUCUCAGAUGAGAAUGACGAUAAUCUAAAUGAACUAUUGGUUUAUUUCAAGAUUUUGGAUUUAGCCGGAGCUGAAAACGUUUCAUCAAGUGUUCCAGCUGUAGCGGUUACACUGUUAGAUCCAUCUUUUGACCCACUCACGGGUAAAGGAAGAACAGCAGAAAAUGAUCUUCGACUUCAAUUAAACAAUUUCGCUGGAAUUCAAAACUACACAACACACGUUAAAAUGACAAAGUCAGUAUAUCGAGAAAUUCCUAAUAGAGAUUUCAAGAGCAUACUUGGCAUCACGCCAAAUUAUUUAAAUAUUACGACCAUAACUGCUCACUCGCAAUAUUUCCCGUUACAUAAUAAUCCUAACUUCACUGCCGACACAGACACUGGAUUUUUCCAAUUAUUAAUCGGAAGUUAUUUACUGGAGGUUCGAACAGAGAUACGAAUGCGAAGCUUCCUUAGUAUUCUUGGAGUUGCUGGUGGCGGCUUUAGCGCUAUUUGUAUAAUAUCUUUGCUUUUAUUUGGCAAUAGAAAAACGCGUCCAUGGGGAUUAAUGUACUUUCUGAUAAGAUCGGAAGUAGAACGAUUUUCUCAGAUGGACAUUGUUCCUUUUUUACACGAUAACGAUAUGAACGACGUAAAUAAGUCUUUAUCUCAUGAACAAAGAAUUGAACGAUUGGAAGAACGUUUCAAAGAACUAGAAGGUUUAUUGAGUGACUAUUUUUUGGACAUCACGCCAUCGAAAAGUUUUAAAGAGAAACAUGCAAAGAAUGAAAAGUUUUAA